CAUCCAGCUCAAUUCCAUUAUAAUAUUCCGAUGCUGCCAAUUGUAUCUCCGAAUAUUGCAUAGAAGAUUUAUCGCCGAAAAGAAAACGGCGAAAUUGGUACCUAUAAUUUAGUCAUAGGAGUGGGAGUUGCGUCGGCGAGUUUGUCCAUCUCGUCCAAUGAUGAGCAUCACGACGCCCGAUGCGGAGCCGAUGAACUGGGAAUGGUUACAACCAACAGGCGGAGUCUAGACCUAUUUUGGUAAGGCGUCAUCUUAUAAAUCAUUCCCUUGCGGAGGGAUAUGUAAGCCUCCUGCUUCUCUUCUGCUCACCAUCGCCUAGAAAGCAUUAGUCUCAGCUGGAGUUCAAAUUAUUGCCUCAAAUGUUUUCGCGACAGAAGUCCUGUGUACCGUGUGCGAAGGCAAAACGUCGAUGCGAGCCGCAAACCCCGAAAUGUCCCCGCUGCACGCAACGGGGUAUCAACUGCUACUACAAGAACCAGCCUCUCAGGGAUCUUGAUUCAGAAAAUGGGUCUUUUCAGCCGCUUUCUCUUAUUAGCCAGGCGGGCUCUGAGGCGGGAUCUGGAAACGUAGCAUCCAAUCGCGAAGGAGCUCAGGGAAUAGGCAAUCUCUCGGUUCAAGAAAUCAUCCGACUGAACACCAAGCAGAUUCAAUCGCCGGGAUUUCAUUCUAUUUGUCCGUUUAUUGUACCCACAUCGAUACUAGAUAUGCGUUCCCUGAAGGCCUUGACCCAUAGUGUAAUGAGCUGGCCUGGAAAGUUCAUACGCAAACUCGAAGCCCCUUAUAUGCACUCGUCAAUGCACUUGGCGCCAUCCCUGCCACUUCCCCUCGAGGAGGCCUUUGGUGCAUGUGCCACGUAUGCUUCUAGGGCAUCAAACACCAAUGAUAUAGUGAUGAACAUUAUAGAAAGGAAAGUGGGCCAAGUCAUUAAUAUGAACCCAUCUGCUGAAUCUCUCGAAACACAUGUUGCUGCCCUACAAGCCUUCCUGAUCCUCCAUCUUGUCCAACUAUGGGAUGGCGAUGCUCGACAGCGAACACAGGCUGAAAUGCACGCAUACAUACUCGAGAGUUGGGCAAUCGAGUUACACAUGCGGGCGAGGGAGGUCUCUAAGAACCAAGAUGCGAACCCGACGUGGGACGAAUGGAUCAUACUGGAAAGUGCUCGGCGUACAGCAAUGAUGACUCUGAUGGCACAGGGUGUCUAUGAGAUGAAUAAGUACGGUGUAUGUACUUAUGUCCCGAACCUCGCCGAGAUGGUCUUCACUGCUGCCGAUACUCCGUGGGAGGCUCGAAAUCUGGACGACUGGAAGGAAACAGUCGAUCGUCCCGAAGCUAUCAUCGCGAGUUAUGCGGAUUAUGCCACUCGGAGGCAUGAUACUACUGUUAGCCCCCGAAGCACAUUUGGAAAACUUCUGUUAAUGCCGUGCCCGGGCUUUGCGCACGAAGAGCUUAUGAUCUCAUCAUAGGUUCAGAAAGAAGUCAAUUUUGGUUUUAGUUUUAGCAUGAAUCGGCGUUGUAGGGUUGAUGAAGUUUCGCAUAAGCGCCGUCUGGACAUGAAAAGCAAUCUUUAUGUAGGUAUUUUGCCGUUCGCAGGUGAAAAAUGUUGUACAAUACCGAAGCAAUCCCCCUCCCUUUUGCUGAAGUCCCGUCCGUUCUAGUACACGCCGUGCUUGUCUCGAUCGAAUUUUCAGGAGUCAAUUGUGAUUUUUCCCCCCCAGUUAUAGCGGUUAACAGGA